AUGUUUGAUAAACUUUCAGACUGCAUCGGUCAUUUCUGCCCGCCUGGAAGUUUCUGUGAUGAAAGAAUAGGUCCAUGCAAAACUCCGCCUUGUCGACCGAUCCUCCUCUGUCUUCCAGACCAGUACAACGGCUGUGCUCGACAUUCUUGCCCAAGCGGCGAGAUAUGUGUCGAGAGAGUCCGACCUUGUAUUAGCAAGUCGUGCAAGAAGAUCCCCUCCUGUGCAAAACCUGGAACUUGUGACGCGUUAGUAUGUCCUCCAUCGCAGAAGUGUGUGGCCGAGCCUCAACCAAAAUGUGUGAAGCAUAUUCCGACUGUGACAAGUGUCAUCGGCGGUGCCCAACUGGCUCCUGGCCAAUGA